AUGUUAGGAAGUCCGUCAAACAACGGCGGCAUCAGAAUGCUGGUGCCCCCGGCUGCGAACGACGACAGGCGGGUAGAGUUUGUGGCUCUCACCGCUGUCCACACGGAGAGAAGCGAGCCGUCCACCCCGGAGCGCGGGCACCCGUCUCACCGCACAGGUCUGCUGGGCACCCCGCUGCCCGGGCCGCCCGGACCCCGGGCCAACACGUCUGCUUCAAGCAAACGCUACAGAAAGUUGCAAAACUGCCUGUACAACGUGCUGGAAAGACCAAGAGGAUGCGCAUUCAUCUACCACGCUUUCAUAGAGGCCCAGGACAGUGGUGCACCGGCAGCUGUCCCGCAGCUGUGUCUGAGUCUGGCACAUAGUGGACAGAGCAUUAUAUGUGGGAGCUCCUUGGACCAGGCCGUGCUUUCCGUGUCGUUGUUUAGACAAGAGUUGAUCACAGCCUGGUACAUAGGUUUCCUGGUCCUUAUCUUUGCCUCUUUCCUGGUCUACCUGGCAGAGAAAGACAUCAACUCAGACUUCAACACCUAUGCAGACUCCCUCUGGUGGGGGACUAUAACUCUAACCACUAUUGGCUAUGGUGAUAAGACCCCUCGCACCUGGCAGGGACGGCUCCUAGCUGCCGGCUUCGCUCUUCUGGGAGUCUCCUUCUUUGCCCUGCCUGCUGGAAUUCUGGGCUCGGGCUUUGCUUUGAAGGUUCAGGAGCAGCACCGGCAGAAGCACUUUGAGAAGAGGAGGAUGCCUGCUGCCAACCUGAUACAGGCUGCGUGGCGUCUCUACUCUACAGAUGCUAAGCACUCCUAUCUAACAGCUACAUGGUACUUCUAUGACAGCAUGUUGCCUUCAUUCAGAGAACUGACGCUACUGUUCAGUCACCUCCAGCGACAGCGUAACACCAAGAAGGUUCUCCACAACUCCUACCACACGCUGCUGUCUGGGCUUCGGCCCUACAGCGCCCCCUACCUGUCUGGGGACAGCGGUAAAAUGGGCUUCCGGGAUCGGAUCAGGAUGAACAAUUCCCGAUCAUCCCAAAACAUUCGGAACAAGGCAUCGCCGCUGCCUCCGGGCUCCAACGUCCGCCACUCUCCCAGCCAGGAGAAUGUCCCUGAAGCCACCAGCCCGGGGAAGGUCCAGAAGAGCUGGAGCUUCAAUGACCGCACACGCUUUCGCACCUCCCUUCGCCUCAAACCACGUCCACCCGCUGAUGUGGAGGGGGUUGGGGAGGACAGCGUGGAAGACAAACCAUAUUGUGACGUGGCCAUGGAGGACGUAAUCCCAGCAGUAAAGACACUCAUACGGGCUGUCAGGAUCUUGAAGUUCCUUGUGGCCAAGAGGAAGUUUAAGGAGACGCUGCGUCCAUAUGAUGUGAAGGACGUCAUAGAGCAGUACUCUGCUGGACACCUGGAUAUGCUGGGCCGUAUCAAGAGCCUACAGAUGCGGGUGGAUCAGAUAAUUGGGCGAGGAGCCGUCCAGCCCGAUAAGAAGGCGCGCCCUGAAAAGGGAGAGAAGACGCCGCCAGAACUGGACCCACUGGAUGAGCUAAGCAUGAUGGGUCGUGUAGUCAAAGUGGAGAAACAGGUACAGUCUAUAGAGAACAAGCUGGACCUUCUGCUCAACUUCUACUCCCAGUGCCUAAAGAAAGGCUCCUCCCACUUCACCCUGUCCUCCCUCCUGGACCCGGACCUGACAUCUGACUACCACAGCCCCACGGACCAAAGAGACCUCUUCCCCUCCGCCAACACGCUCAACAUCUCCCAGUCUGACAGCGGCAACCUGGAAUGACAGUGAGCUGAGCAGUCUUGGGGCUGUUCGAACACAGACACAAACCUUUUACAGUACGUCUUCCUACAGCCAAGUCCUCACUUGAAGUCGCCCAACCUCAAUGUCUCUAUCUUCACUUCAUUUCAUAUCUGUCUGGGAUAAUUUUUUUACCCCUCCAUCUGUAAUCUGCACCCUCACCUCUUUGUUCCUCUUUUUUCAAGCGAAUAUGUUUCCAGAGCUCAUACAGACAGAGGCCACCAGAUGGCUCUACCUGACAAGGAGCCUCAGCCAAAGCUGCUCACCGCACACGCCUCUCAACCCACUAGAUGCGGAUGGAGAUGAAGCGAGGACACUUGAACAACUAUGACUUGACUACUGAACCACUUUCACCCGCUCACCUCAUGAUAUCUUUGCCUACGUUACAGCUCCAACUGUGGAUAAUCUUGUGACUUUAAGCAUUGAAUUUUUCUAAAUCUUUGGAAGAAUCUUUUCUUUUUUACCCCAUCAUCAUCUUCUUUUAUUUCUUGGCUGCUUGAAUCAACUGACUGAGACUUUGAUGAUUCAGUUGAGACAGUGCUGCAAGUGCCAUGUCAUCUGUUCCUUAGUGUAGCAUUACAGUUCUUGAUACUGUGAUGAAUGUAGUGAGUCCCACCUGCAAAUUAUUUUGCAGUCACACCACCAGACAUAACAAACACGCACUAAAAGAGCAGAAAUAAUCUGCUCCCUCGCACCUGGACUGGCAGACUGGGCUGACAGCCACCUCGCCAAAGCACCAAACCUUCACAGUGAAUCACAGACUUGUCAUAUGAAAUGGAAGAAUGUGUUGGAGUGACUGAUGUGUACUUUACAUUGUUGUUUGUUUUCAUCUCCAUUCCCUCCCUAAGAAGUUAUGUCUCCAACAAGCCCAUUUGCAAAAAAAAACAACAAAUACCCUAGACAGUAUUCCCUGUUUGGCUGGCAUUCAAGUGAGGAGUGUUCCUAAUUAUUUAGGAUUUAUUGGAGCCAACAUGUCCUUUCACAGGUCCAAACUCCCUUUUUUUGCAGUGUUUCAAAGGCUAAUGUAGCUCCUUCAGUAUUUUGGUAACCUGUCUUUGUGUUCUUAACAUGCCCUUUUAACCGCUCUGUCUUGCAGCCCGCCCCUCCUGAUAUGCAUGUUCCUCAGACCAGUCCCGCAGAUAAACCUCACUGAUCCUCAGUCUGAAUUAAGACAGUUAUGUCACAUUUACUGCCCGGCUCCUCAUCCACUCACAGGUCAGGUUUACCAUGUCAGGAAGUCAGUAAUACUACUACCUUCCUUACAGGAGGAUAAUUCUCACUGUUACACUCAUCAGAUGCUAUGUGCUCCUGCAGUCAGCAGCUGUGGGGUAUAAGACUUUUUGGCCAGUUUUAAACAAUGAACAACCUGUAAGGCGUCCGGGUCUAACGCAUGAAUUCCAGGCCAUUAUCCUCAUGAAUGCACGUGUCUUAGGAAAUGGUUCCAGCCUUACAGCUUCACUACAAACAGACUAUUAUUGCCAGUCCUCUUUACUCUCUGUUGUCUUUUCUGGUUCUUUCUUAGAGGUGUUUGACGCACAGUGAAUGCUCUGUGCUCGGGAACAAAACUGGAGAGUGCACAAAUGCACACACAUACAAGCACACACGCACAGACACACAGUGAAAGCAAUUCCUUUACUUAAAUACUUUGGCACUUGUUAAGUAUAACACGUUUUUGACUGUACAAUUUUGUCUUUUUGUUUUGAUUUCUUUACUGUACUUAUUGUUCAUGCACUUGAUUUUGUGUAACCUAUAAUGGCAAAUUUAUGAUUUUGGUAGUUAAAGUGAAUGUAGGAUUUAAGUUAACAUAUUUUAUGUAGUUAGAUACGAUCUUUAAAUAAAUGGAGCAUUUCUAAAUCAUGGAUGACACAACCGUAACUACACACAGCUGAUCAGGUUCACACUCGCGACUCGCAGAGCUGUAUAUGUAUAUAUUUUUAAAAAUGUCAUCAGAUAAUUGCUGCCAGCUUCAACUAACACAACAUUCACCAUACUGUAUUUGGCCAGUGAAAACAGUUCUCUCCCUUCAAGUGAUUCAUUUAUUUGGUCCAGUCAAGCCAGUUGACUCAGGUGCUCCACUUUUCCAUUCAAGCCAAGCACAGACUUCACAGUGAAGGUACUUCAUUGCUCGGUCUAUUUAGAUCCAUUUAUAAUCUGAUGCUCUUGUUGCCACGACGAAUUCUUUGGCACUCCAGAGCUCGCUGUUCAUCAUACUUUCAUAGAGAAAUGGUAGGUAGCUUUAUUCUUUUGCCUAAAUUAUCACCUGGAAUAUUGAGCUUCAUGAAGACGUAUGCGAGACCACUGUAUUGCAUGUUGUUGUCGUUAGUGGUGGCCCCAGUGUUAGAUGAAAAAAAACUUAAUGAUGUCUCCUGUAUAGUUUUGAGUCAAGAAAUGAAAGGAAAUGACCUGUGCCUUCUAUGUCCUCGUUCUGUAACUGAUAUGGUACGGCUUUCUGUCUCAAACUUAAAUAUUAAUGCUGCUUUUAAGAGAACAGUGUUUCAUAGGGGUGUCAUAUGAGGAUAACCAUGCUCUUUUCUUUAUUUCUUUCUUGCUUUUUGCCAAACAUUGAUCCAACUAAAGCAUCACCAUCAAAAUUCUGUACGUGUAAUUUUAGGGUUUAGGGUGCUGCAAACCUUUGAAAUUUUCUGAGAAUAUUACUGUACAUUUAGCAUAUCACUGUAACUACUGGGACCUCCUCCCAUCGACACCCUCACUGUAUUUUAACACCAGUCAGAUCUGGAGGCUGGAGGCAUGGACAUUUGUACCAUCACAGGAAACUCUGCAGGCAUGUGUCGUUUCAUAAGCAUGUCACAUAGAGAAAUAUGGCUUCCACACAACUACCUCUGAGGCCACUAGGGGGCGCUAGUCUAGAAACCCAAUAUGAGAAACAGUAACUGAUUGUCUAACUGACUGAAUGCUAUGCAUGACUCAAUCUGCAUGUUCUUUUUUCUCUUUUUCACCAUGUUCUUCUUCAUAGUGCCCUACCAUCCAUUAAUUCACUGACUUGCUGCCAUUUUACAUUCCAGCUCGUUGCCCUUUAACUGCUCUUGUAGGUAUUGGAACUGUUGAUAGCUGUUAACAUGAAACUGAUCAAAGCAAUAAACAAAAUGCUAAGCCAACAAAGUCUUCCAAUUCCAAUUGAUGUAGCUACUGGUUGAUGAAAUAUGGCACAUAUUUUAUUUUAUAAUCUAAUGCACAACUCUUAGAUCUUUUAAAGAGAUACAAAAUGUGUAUCUGCUGAGGAUAACAUUAGCUCAAUUGACUAACUUAUUAAUUUAUUUGUUCAAUAAAGCUCUUUGGACUGUA